UUGUAUAUUUCUGUUUCUGAAGUGAACAAUUUUAUAAUGAUGUAAGCAACUCCCAAUAUCUGGAUGUGGUGCUAAAGACAACUCAUUUUUGACAUCAGCUGUACAAAGAGGACCUUUCCUUAAAAUAACUUCUAGCCAAAUUUAUACUCGCCAGCAUGCACAGAAUGAAAAGGAGAGUGAAGUUGAUUUAGACAAGAGGAUUUUCCUUGAACCAUAGAAGGAAAAUGUGAGAUUCAACUUGCAACAGUUCAGAAAAAAUUUUUUUGUCUGUAUGUUGAACAGGUCUUGGUGGAUUUAAAUCAACUCAGAUGUCCUCAAACGAAUCUUCUCCUCCAUCUUUACAGAAGUUUUCUCCAUCUGUGUCUCAUGCUGCUGCUCCACCUACACCAUCUUUAUCCUCAAGUCCACAAUCUGGACUCUCAGGCCGACUUUCCAAUGGCAGCUUCAGCACACAAAGCCUCACCAACUCCAGAGGAUCUGUACAUGGAAUCUCUUUUUUGCUGCAGAUUGGUCUCACUCGAGAAACCGUUACAAUUGAUGCUCAAGAUCUCUCCCUAUCUGUUGUUAAAGACCUAGUGUGCUCUGUAGUUUAUCAAAAGUUCCCAGAGUGUGGGUUUUUUGGCAUGUAUGAUAAAAUUCUCCUAUUCCGCCAUGAUCUGAACUCAGAAAAUAUUUUACAGCGAAUUACGUCAGCAGAAGAGAUACGGGAAGGUGAUCUUGUUGAGGUUGUUCUGUCUGCAUUAGCUACAGUUGAGGAUUUCCAGAUUCGACCUCACAUGCUUUACGUUCAUUCCUAUAAGGCCCCUACUUUUUGUGACUAUUGUGGAGAGAUGCUUUGGGGCUUGGUACGGCAAGGACUGAAAUGUGAAGGGUGUGGAUUAAAUUAUCACAAGCGAUGUGCUUUUAAGAUUCCAAAUAACUGCAGUGGGGUAAGAAAGAGACGGCUAUCUAAUGUGUCUUUACCAGGAGCUGCACUUUCUGUCCCAAGAUCUGUACAAACUGAUUCUACGUCCAUAGAAGAGCGUUGUCAUCCAGAACCUAGUAAAAGGAUUCCUUCGUGGAGUGGGCGUCCAAUAUGGAUGGAAAAAAUGGUUCUUUGUCGUGUGAAAGUCCCACAUACCUUUGCUGUUCAUUCUUACACUCGACCCACCAUAUGUCAGUACUGCAAGCGAUUGCUUAAAGGUCUUUUUCGACAAGGAAUGCAGUGUAAAGAUUGCAGAUUUAAUUGUCAUAAACGCUGUGCCUCUAAAGUACCUAAAGAUUGUCUUGGAGAAGUAGUCUUCAAUGGAGGUAAGAUAUGUCUUUUUUUUAUGGAUCCAGCAGAUCUUGAUGGAGACAAAGAUGAAGAGGCUGUAAAAACUAUCAGCCCAUCCACAAGCAAUAACAUUCCAUUAAUGAGAGUUGUACAGUCGGUCAAACACACAAAGAGGAAGAGCAGUACAAUGGUAAAAGAAGGAUGGAUGGUUCACUACACAAGUCGAGACAACCUGAGAAAAAGGCAUUACUGGAGAUUAGACAGUAAAUGUCUUACGCUAUUUCAAAAUGAAUCUGGGACAAAAUAUUACAAGGAGAUUCCACUUUCUGAAAUUCUUCAGGUGACUCAGCCACGGGAUUUCUCAAAUAUGAUGCAAGGCAGCAAUCCUCACUGUUUUGAAAUAAUAACUGACACAAUGGUAUACUUCGUUGGAGAGAACAAUGGCAGCAGUCACCAUAGCCCUGUUUUGGCUGCUACUGGAAUUGGAUUGGAUGUAGCCCAGAGCUGGGAGAAAGCUAUUCGUCAGGCUUUAAUGCCAGUCACACCUGAGACCAGCACUUGCAUUGCUACAGGACAAGGAAGAGAUCACAAAGAAUUAUGUGUCAGCAUUUCUGUUUCAAAUUGCCAGAUCCAAGAAAAUGUGGAUAUAAGUUCAGUGUAUCAGAUCUUUGCUGAUGAGGUACUUGGUUCUGGUCAGUUUGGAAUUGUGUACGGAGGUAAACAUAGGAAGACCGGAAGGGAUGUGGCAAUUAAAGUCAUUGAUAAAAUGCGAUUCCCUACAAAACAAGAAAGCCAGCUCCGCAACGAAGUGGCCAUUUUGCAGAAUUUGCAUCACCCUGGGAUUGUAAACCUGGAAUGUAUGUUUGAAACUCCUGAAAGGGUUUUUGUUGUGAUGGAAAAACUUCAUGGCGAUAUGUUAGAAAUGAUUCUUUCCAGUGAGAAAAGUCGGCUUCCGGAAAGAAUAACCAAAUUCAUGGUCACUCAGAUACUUGUUGCUUUGAGGAACUUACACUUCAAGAAUAUAGUGCACUGUGAUUUAAAGCCUGAAAAUGUACUAUUAGCAUCAGCAGAACCAUUUCCUCAGGUAAAGCUGUGUGAUUUUGGUUUUGCACGCAUUAUUGGGGAAAAGUCCUUUAGGAGGUCUGUAGUAGGAACUCCAGCUUAUCUUGCCCCAGAAGUACUUAGAAGUAAAGGCUACAAUAGAUCGCUGGAUAUGUGGUCUGUGGGUGUCAUCAUCUAUGUGAGCUUAAGUGGCACAUUUCCAUUUAAUGAAGAUGAAGACAUAAAUGAUCAGAUCCAAAAUGCAGCAUUCAUGUAUCCACCAAAUCCCUGGAAGGAAAUAUCUAGUGAAGCUACUGAUUUAAUAAAUAAUUUGCUUCAAGUGAAGAUGAGAAAACGUUACAGUGUUGACAAAUCACUUAGUCAUCCUUGGUUACAGGAUUAUCAAACUUGGCUUGAUCUUCGGGAGUUUGAAACUCGCAUUGGAGAACGCUACAUUACCCAUGAGAGUGAUGAUGCUCGCUGGGAAGAACAUGCAUAUGAACACAAUCUUGUAUAUCCCAAACAUUUCAUUAUGGCUCCUAAUCCAGAUGAUAUGGAGGAAGAUCCAUGAUUCAUUGGAAAAAGCAUUUUAACCAAGUUUUGAUACUUUGGAACAAUUGAUGCUUUUGGCUCUUCAGAUGAUUCAGUCUCUAAAACUAUGAAGGCAAGAUCCUGCAUCACUUUGUGGAUGGACAUCUGGGAAGCAUCUUUAUGUCUCUAGUUUAUAUGAUUAUGAAUAUAAUCCAAGCACUGAGUUAAAAGCCAUGAAGUAUUUCUGUAAUAUUGCCUUAUUGGUACAUCACAGAGAUGUUACUGACAGCUUAUGUACACAGAGACUUGAUGUAUGGGAAUUUUCUUUUUUUUGUAAUUUACACAGUAAUAAUUUUUAAUGUUUUCUAGUAAAUAUUUAGGCAAAGAUAUUAUUUUCUGCUAUUUAGAUAACAUUUAUAAGGAAGCUAUAAAGAACCAUGAACGUAUAUGCCGUGACCAAAAACUAGAAAUAUGCAAAACUUUUCAUUCUGAAAUGUCUUGAGUACAAAACUUCAUGAAACUUUGCAAAUAUCCUUUUCAAGUGCGAAAUUAUUGUUUUGAAUGGGAAACAGGUAAUUUUGAAUAUUUUGGAUGUGUUUUGAGCAGUUUCAUGCUGUUUGAAAGAAAAUCUGUUGCAUGCCUCCGCAAAAACACUUGAUUAAAAAAAAAUCCCUUUAACUGAUUAUUUGUAAGUGAACUGCAUAUACUUUGGAAAUGUAAAGAUGAUGGGAACCAAUAAUGCUGUUCAGACCAUUUAAGAUUUGAACACGGAGGCAUAUAAUUUAAUAAGACAGUUUGUUAAGCUAUGGGAAUGCAGAACAGUAAUAGUACCUGAAUACAAUACACACUGUACAAGUUACUGCAAGUGCAACAGGAACUUAAGUUGAAGUUCUGACAAUGUGUUCUCAUCUCUGCAGAUAGUUUUUUUUUAAGUUGCAAGAUUCAUUGACCAUUUUAUUACCUAGGCACUCCAAAAUAAAAAUGCUUUUGUUACUUUUCCACCCUUCUAGCAGGUUUUUAGACACUUUGAGUGCAAUUAUCUAAAAGAUUAGUCGCUAGAAAAAAAUGGAUAAUUGAAGCAUCUAAUAUGAGAAUGCUUCAGCAGAACAUAAAGCAAUUAUUUAAUAUGAAAAGAAUAUUUCCUUUUAAUAUUUUUAUAUUGGUUUGUCCGUUAGUCAAACACUCCUAUUUUCAGUUGUAGCGUUUUUCUAAUAUCCCAAUUUCAGAUAGUUUAUCACUGACAAACCUUUUUCAGGAUGAUGGAAAGUAAAAUGCAGAAAAUUAUAACCAUUAUAUAUAAUUCAUUUUUAUCCUCAUCAAUACUAACAGAAAGAAUGAGUUCAUGCAGAAUGAAAAAUAGUAUUUUAUUAAUAGAUUAUUCCUUAUCACUUAAUAACUAGCUAUGGAAAAAGUGAGGGACUGUACUGAGAAGGAUGUACAGAGGUAAAGUGUUAAUCAGAAUUGAAUCUAGAAAAACCUAUUUCUUUUUCUUGCUAAUGAAUUAAUAAUUUGCCAACUGCUACCUUUCCCAUAUUAGAUGUUAGAAUCAGGGCCAGAAAAAAUAUCCACUAUAGAGAUGGGGGAUGAUAAAUAUGUCUUGCUGACUUCAGUGAUUGAAAGGAAAUAUUCAAAAGUACUUCUAGAUAUGCUGGAAGUUGAUAUGGAAUAUAUAGUUGAAAGUAUUCUCUUAGACUGAAAAUGACCGAACAAGCCUAAAUCACAGCCUAAUCUCUACUAGAACUGAAUAUACCCGUUUUCCCCUGACUUUUUAUAAAUUUAUGCCCAAAGAGAAUCACAGAUGUUCCCAGUGGAAUUCAUUAACAGAGCUAUUGUAUAUGUCUCCUUAGAAAUAUAUCCCACUGAGUUCAAUGGGACUUACUUCCAAGUGAGUAUGUAGAGUUGAAUAGCUAUUAUUUAAAUAACUGCAAGUCACUUUUAGAGAAUGUAUUGUAUUUCAUGUUACGCCUCUUAGGUUAUUCUUUUGUUUUCAGGAUAACAAUGUUAUAUAGCAGUAGAACAAGAAUACAAAUGAUAUUGGGGCCAAAGAAAAAAAUAACUGGAAUGUUUCUAUUCUAUAAUAACUGUUACUCAUACUCUACAACAAUAAAAUUGCAUAGCUAGCAUUCUUAAACUGUUCCUUUGAAUGCCUAAAUUACUGCAUCAAAGCUUUAAAUUGGCAUUUGUUCCGGAUGAAUUUGUACCCAGAAUUGCAUUAGCAUUAAUAUUUCUUUUUGAGGUAAGUUGCAUUCAUCAAAAAAUAAUGCUGUAUUGAUUUUAGAAAAUACUUUAGUAAAACAUAUAGUCUCAAAAGACACUGUCAAGUACUUUUUAUAUUUUUAUAUAUCUCAUUGUUUGUAAAUAUCCUCUAAGCUUGAAAA